AUGAUGCACUUAGAUCUGUUACCAAGACAACGAGGAAGAGAAUGCACCUGCCUAAAAGAAGAAGAAGUCAGGGACGGGAAAAAGAGCCAAAUCAGGGACGGGGAAAAAGAGCCAAAUCAGGGACGAGGAAAAAGAGCCAAGUCAGGGACAGGGGAAAAGAGCCAAAUCAGGGACGGGGGGAAAAGAGCCAAGUCAGGGACGGGGAAAAAGAGCCAAGUCAGGGACGGGGAAAAAGAGCCAAGUCAGGGACGGGGGAAAAAGAACCAAAUCAGAGACGGGGAAAAAGAGCCAAAUCAGGGACGGAGAAAAAGAGCCAAAUCAGGGACGGUGGAAAAAGAGCCAAGUCAGGGACGGGGAAAAAGAGCCAAAUCAUGGACGGGGAAAAAUAGCCAAAUCAGAGACGAGGGAAAAAGAGCCAAAUCAGGGAGGGGGAAAAAGAGCCAAAUCAGAGACGGGGGGAAAAGAGCCAAAUCAGGGACAGGGAAAAAGAGCCAAAACAGGGACGGGGGAAAAAGAGCCAAGUCAGGGACGGGGGAAAAAGAGCCAAGUCAGGGACGGGGGAAAAAGAGCCAAGUCAGGGACGGGGAAAAAGAGCCAAGUCAGGGACGAGGAAAAAGAGCCAAGUCAGGGACGGGGGAAAAGAGCCAAAUCAGGGAUGGGGAAAAAAGCCAAAUCAGGGAUGGGGAAAAAGAGCCAAGUCAGAGACGGGGAAAAAGAGCCAAGUCAGGGACGGGGAAAAAGAGCCAAGUCAGGGACGGGGAAAAAGAGCCAAGUCAGGGACGAGGAAAAAGAGCCAAAUCAGGGACGGGGAAAAAAGAGCCAAAUCAGAGACAGGGAAAAAGAGCCAAGUCAGGGAUGGGAAAAAGAGCCAAAUCAGGGACGGGGAAAAAGAGCCAAGUCAGGGACGGGGGAAAAGAGCCAAGUCAGGGACGGGGGAAAACGAGCCAAGCCAAGGAUGGGAAAAAGAGCCAAAUCAGGGACAGGGUAAAAGAGCCAAGUCAGGGACGGUGGAAAAAGAGCCAAGUCAGGGACGGGGGAAAAAAGAGCCAAAUCAGGGACGGGGAAAAAGAGCCAAAUCAGGGACGGGGAAAAAGGGCCAAAUCAGGGACGGGGAAAAAGAGCCAAAUCAGGGACGGGGAAAAAGAGCCAAAUCAGGAACGGGGAAAAAGAGCCAAAUCAGGGACGGGGAAAAAGAGCCAAGUCAGGGACGGGGAAAUAGCAAAUAAGAAUAAGAAUAAUGCAUACGGUCACUGGUAG